CAAGCAGCGUCAACAUGCCUGAACCCGCCAAGCCUGCCCCGAAGAAGGGCUCCAAGAAAGCCGUGAGCAAGACCGCCGGUAAGAGCGGCAGGAAACGCCGCAGGCCCAGGAAGGAGAGCUACGCCAUCUACGUGUACAAGGUGCUCAAGCAGGUGCACCCCGACACCGGCAUCUCGUCCAAGGCCAUGGGCAUCAUGAACUCCUUCGUCAAUGACAUCUUCGAGCGCAUCGCCGGCGAGGCGUCCCGCCUGGCUCACUACAACAAGCGCUCCACCAUCACCUCCAGGGAGAUCCAGACCGCCGUCCGCCUGCUGCUGCCCGGGGAGCUGGCCAAGCACGCGGUGUCCGAGGGCACCAAGGCCGUCACCAAGUACACCAGCUCCAAGUAAAACGAGCUAUUCCAGCUUUAACAACAAAGGCUCUUUUAAGAGCCACCCACUUCUACUGAGAGAGUCGAUCUGUACUGUAUUAUCGUUGCAAAAACUGACAUCAUUAUUUCAAUGAAAAUGUUUACUAAGGAAGCUACUAUAUUAAUGCUUCCUUUCUUCCUUUUUAAGAUAUAUGGGCAGAUUUCUGCUGUGCUAUUAAUUGACUCAUUUUUACUCAAGAGUUAACACUUGAAAGUAUUACACGUGACAUAAGGCAAACAGGAAAUGAAAUGCUCUCACAUAAUCAACUGACAAUGGAAUUCGAAAAAGUAAAGCAUAAUAAAAUCAA